AUGCAAAUCCCCCAGUGAGAAGCAAGCCCACCCACCGGAAGAAACGUUUCUUGCAACUCUACCACUCUCCGCUUCGAAAAUGGAAACUCAAACUCCACUUCCAUAAUAUAAUCUCCCAAAUUCUCCCCUCCCGCCAAUUCUUGACCCCUCCGCUCAAUCCCUAAGCCUUCAAUUUCCGCUGGAAAAUCCUCUUCUCACCUCCACCUCCCGUACAAACCCUUGUUUCACCCAGACCCCCCAAACCCUAACGCUUCAUCUCCAAAAAUCCAAGGACCAUGCCGUCCCUCACUUCUCCAGGCAAAAUCCUCCGGUUAGAGCUUGAGAACUUCAAGUCCUACAAGGGCCUCCAAUCUAUCGGUCCCUUCUCCGACUUCACCGCCAUUAUUGGACCGAAUGGGGCCGGCAAGUCUAAUCUCAUGGAUGCAAUCAGCUUCGUUCUUGGAGUCCGAACGGGACAGCUCCGUGGUGCCCAACUCAAAGACCUAAUUUACGCUUACGACGACCGCGAAAAAGAACAGCGUGGCCGACGCGCAUUUGUGCGAUUAGUUUACCAACUUGCUGGUGGCUCCGAGCUCUGUUUCACCCGUACCAUCACCCCUGCCGGCAUUAGCGAGUACCGUAUCGACGGCAGCGUUGUCAACUGGGAUGACUACAAUGGGAAGUUAAGAUCCCUUGGUAUUCUCGUUAAGGCCCGAAAUUUUCUUGUAUUUCAGGGUGACGUGGAGUCCAUUGCUUCAAAAAACCCCAAAGAACUUACUGGGCUGCUCGAGCAGAUUUCGGGUUCUGAAGAACUCAAGAGAGAUUAUGAGGAUCUGGAAGAGCAAAAAGCUAGAGCUGAGGAAAAAUCAGCGCUUAUUUAUCAGAGAAAGAGGACAAUAGUGAUGGAGAGAAAGCAAAAGAAAGAACAGAAGGAAGAAGCUGAGAAACACUUUCGCUUGCAAGAUGAGCUGAAAUCUUUGAAGAAAGAACACUACUUGUGGCAAUUGCUUAACAUAGAGAAGGAUAUUGACAGGAUUACUGAGGAACUCAACUCUGAAAAGAGGAACCGUGAAGAUGUGAUGCGUGAGCUAGAACAUUUUGAAACUGAAGCAGCCAAAAAGAAGAAGGAGCAGGCCAAGUACCUUAAAGAGAUUGCCCAUUGUGAAAAGAAGAUCUCUGAGAGAAGCAUUAGACUCGAUAAAAGUCAACCUGAGCUUCUGAAAUUAAAUGAAGAAAUGUCUCGCAUUAAUUCAAAAAUCAAGAGUAGCCGAAAGGAGCUUGAAAGAAAAAAGGAAGAAAGGAGGAAACAUACCAAUGAUAUAAAAGAAUUACAGAAAGGCAUACAAGAUCUGACUGCAAAACUGGAAGACUUGAAUGAAAAAAGUCGAGAUGGUACUGGGAAACUCCCUUUGCUUGACAGUCAACUUACUGAAUAUUUCCAAAUUAAGGAGGAUGCUGGGAUGAAAACUGCAAAAUUAAGAGAUGAGAAGGAGGUUUUGGAUAGGCAGCAACAUGCUGAUAUUGAAGCUCAAAAAAAUUUGGAAGAAAAUCUUCAACAGUUGAGUAAUAGGGAGCAUGAACUGGAAGCACAGGAGGACCAAAUGCGAGCUAGACUGAAGAAGAUUCUUGAUACCUCUGCUAAACAGAAGGAUGAGCUUGCAGAUCUGAAAAAGGAGCUGCGAGAAAUGCAAGAUAGACACCAGAAUGCCAGAUCCAAACAUGAGAAUCUCAAGUCUAAAAUUGGUGAAAUAGAGAAUCAGUUACGUGAACUGAAGGCUGAUCGCUAUGAAAAUGAAAGGGAUGCUAGGUUGUCUCAAGCUGUUGAGACUCUGAAACGCCUGUUUCAAGGCGUACAUGGUCGCAUGACUGAUCUUUGUAGGCCAACUCAGAAGAAGUACAACCUAGCUAUCACUGUUGCAAUGGGUAGAUUUAUGGAUGCAGUUGUAGUAGAGGAUGAAAAUACUGGAAAGGAAUGUAUUAAGUAUUUGAAAGAGCAAAGGCUUCCUCCUCAGACUUUCAUUCCUCUUCAGUCAGUGCGUGUUAAGCCCGUUAUUGAAAGGUUGCGCACGUUAGGCGGCACAGCGAAGCUUAUCUUUGAUGUGAUUCAAUUUGAUCCUGCUUUGGAGAAGGCAGUUCUUUUUGCUGUUGGGAAUACUUUAGUUUGUGAUGAUCUUGAAGAAGCCAAGGUUCUUAGCUGGACCGGAGAGAGGUUUAAAGUUGUAACUGUUGAUGGAAUAUUACUCACAAAGUCUGGCACGAUGACUGGUGGUACAAGUGGUGGAAUGGAAGCAAGGUCAAACAAGUGGGAUGAUAAAAAAAUUGAAGGUCUGAAAAGAAAAAAGGAACAAUUUGAAUCUGAGUUGGAAGAGCUCGGAUCAAUUAGAGAGAUGCAGCUAAAAGAGUCUGAAACUUCUGGGAGAAUUAGUGGACUUGAAAAGAAAAUUCAGUAUGCUAACAUUGAGAAGAAAAGCAUCGAAGACAAGCUUAAAAACUUGAAGCAGGAGAAGCAGAAUAUAAAGAAAGAGAUCGGGCUUAUAACUCCUGAGUUUCGGAAGUUAAAGGAUUUGAUUGAUAAGAGGAGCACAGACAUCAGGAAGCUGGAGAAGAGGAUUAAUGAAAUAGUUGACCGACUCUUCAAAAAUUUUAGCCAGUCUGUAGGUGUGGCAAACAUCCGUGAGUAUGAAGAAAAUCAACUCAAGGCUGCCCAAAAUAUGGCAGAAGAGAGGCUUAGCUUGAGUAACCAACUUGCAAAGUUGAAGUACCAGUUGGAAUAUGAGCAUAAGCGAGAUGUAGAAUCGCGAAUUAAAAGGCUGGAAUCUUCUCUCAGUUCCUUGGAAAAUGAUUUAAAACUGGUUCAGAAAAAAGAGGCUGAAGUAAAGGUGGCAACAGAAAAAGCUUCGGAUGAAAUCAAUCGGUGGAAGGAAGAAGUGAAGGAGUGGAAAUUAAAGUCAGAAGAGUGUGAGAAGGAAAUUCAGGAAUGGAAGAAGCAGGCUUCUGCAGCUACAACAAGCAUAUCCAAACUUAAUCGCCAAUUAAAUUCUAAGGAGACUCAGAUUAGUCAACUGGAUGAACGAAAGCAGGAAAUUACAGAAAAGUGUGACUUAGAGCGUAUUGAGCUUCCUCUCAUUUCAGACCCAAUGGAAACUGAAUCUUCAACAGGGAAAGAGUUUGAUUUUAGUCAGUUAAAUAGAUCUCUUCUGCAGGAUAGAAGACCUGCUGAUCGAGAGAAACUUGAGGCAGAAUUCAAACAAAAAAUUGAUGCGCUAGUGUCGGAAAUUGAAAGAACUGCUCCCAAUUUAAAGGCUCUCGAUCAAUACAAGACUCUUCAAGAGAAGGAAAGAGAUGUAACUGAAGAGUUUGAAGCAGCCAGAAAAGAGGAGAAGCGAAUAGCAGAUGAAUACAAUUCAGUUAAGCAGAGGAGAUAUGAGUUGUUCAUGGAAGCUUUCAACCAUAUUUCUAGUAAUAUCGAUAGGAUUUACAAGCAGCUAACUAAAAGUGGUACACAUCCAUUGGGUGGGACAGCAUAUUUGAACUUAGAAAAUGAGGAUGAUCCUUUUCUACAUGGCAUCAAGUACACAGCUAUGCCGCCAACAAAGCGCUUCCGUGAUAUGGAACAACUAUCUGGUGGAGAAAAAACUGUUGCAGCACUUGCACUACUCUUCUCAAUCCACAGCUACAAGCCUUCGCCCUUCUUCAUAUUGGAUGAAGUGGAUGCUGCAUUGGAUAAUCUAAAUGUUGCCAAGGUAGCUGGAUUCAUCCGUUCAAAAUCAUGUGAUGGAGCGAGGGCUAGUCAGGACAGUGAUGGGGGCAGCGGUUUCCAAAGUAUUGUGAUAUCACUUAAAGAUAGCUUUUAUGAUAAGGCUGAGGCUCUGGUUGGGGUUUAUCGAGAUUCAGAGAAGAGCUGCUCGAGAACUUUGACGUUUGACUUGACCAAAUACCGGGAGUCAUGAAGGCAAAUGCAGGUUGUAGCUUGUUAAUUAUUCUUUCUGUAAAUAUAUUUAGUUACAACAAUCUAGAAAUUAUUUGUAUAUGCUAUAAUUUUCGUAGCAAUUAGUGUUUGUUUUGUAGGACGUAGGAAUGUGAUAAUGAAUGCCAAAUGCUAAGUAAUCUGAAGGCUUUUUGUAUCUGAACAAAAAAUGUUGUGGCAGUCCUGACUUCUGA